UGAAACGAGCUCAUGAUUCUCAGUGUGACAGCACGCACACUAACACGCACCCCCACCCCCAUUCUCUCUCAAUUUCAGCUUUAUGAGAUUCUUCAUGCUUCUUCUCUUCUUCUUCUACUACUACUACUAUUUCUUAUUCACACAUACCCCAUAGUAAAACCACCACCAUCACCACAACCAUAACCAGCUAUAGCAAGAUGAAGAAACAAGCACAUUCCUCGUGACUCGUGAAAACCGAAUAACUGAAAAACAAAAAAGUAACAAACCACAGUCACACUCACACACAUAACAACACCACUCUUCACCUUCUUAGACGGGUUUAAAUCCCCUACGACGCACCACACACACACACUCACUCAUACUCACGCAAACGCAGCAACCUCAGAGUUAGUUAGUUGCACGCUUUCUCCGCCGGAGGUAUUUAUAUUAUAUGGCUUCCGACGGUGCUACAUCGGCGGCGACUAGCCGGAGGAAGCCGUCGUGGCGUGAGAGGGAGAACAAUCGGAGGAGAGAGAGGAGGAGGAGAGCUAUAGCGGCCAAGAUCUACGCUGGUUUGCGAGCUCAGGGGAACUAUAACUUGCCGAAACACUCUGAUAACAACGAGGUGCUUAAAGCUCUCUGUGCUGAAGCUGGUUGGGCCGUUGAAGAAGACGGAACCACGUAUCGCAAGGGCUGCAAGCCACCGCUGGCCAAUAAUGGUGCAGGCACUUCCUCCAGAAACACACCUUUCUCUUCACAGAAUCCUAGUCCUCUGUCUUCAUCUUUUCCAAGUCCAAUUCCUUCCUACCAAGUCAGUCCUACUUCCUCCUCUUUCCCGAGUCCUUUCCGUUUGGAUGGAGAGAACACAUCGAACCUCAUUCCAUACCUUCGUAAUGCUAUUCCUGCAUCCCUCCCUCCUCUACGGAUAUCAAAUAGUGCCCCUGUGACACCACCACUCUCAUCGCCAACUUCAAGAAAUCCUAAACCGAUUCCCACAUGGGAAGCUAUUGCAAAAGAAUCCAUGUCGUCUUUUAGUUAUCCUUUCUUUGCAGCUUCGGCCCCCGCUAGCCCCACACACAGACAAUUUUACACCCCGGCAACUAUCCCGGAAUGUGACGAGUCGGAUACGUCCUCCACCAUUGAGUCUGGCCAGUGGCUGAAAUUCCAAGCAUUUGGACCCUCUGCAUCGGCGAUGCCAACAUCUCCAACCUUCAAUCUUGUUAACCCUGUAGCGGCUCAGCACUAUGUGCCUGAUAAAGCAAUCCAAGGGCUGAGGAUAAGUUCAGCAGAAGAGUUUGGGGUACAGCCACAGGUAAAGCCUUGGGUCGGAGAAAAAAUUCAUGAGGUAGGAUUGGAUGAUUUGGAGCUUACACUUGGAAGUGGAAAAGCACGGAGCUAAGCUGCUAGUGUGUUGUUACCUCAUAUGGAUUAUGUAAGAAUGAAACUUCAAGAUUCCCUUUGGUGAUUGGUUGUUCAUCCAACUCGGUGCUAAUGGUCAAGUAACAGUUACCUCAUCCAGCUAUGCUGGUGCAAGUAGCAUAACUUAUUUAUUGGAAACUGAAUUAUAUUGGAUGUUAUGGGCAUGCUUUUUAGUAAAAAAGGGUUCAUGGUUCAUGUCUUUCCAUGCCUUGGUAAAACAUAGAUAUUAUGAUUUCACCUCCUCCAUUUAGUUAUUAAGGCAUCAAUCUUUCAGAACGCCUUUGCAGGCAUUAGUUUUAGACGCAGUUGAUGGUUUGGAUGAAAAAUUUCAGGUUCUGUCAAGGUUAUUGUCUUUGUCAAAAAGACUCAAAUUCAGAUUAUUUGUUGAUGUCAUACCUUUAAAUUAUAUUAUUCUUCUUUUUUAGUUA